GCGUCGAGGAGGUGAGAUUGGCUGGCUGGCAUGAUCGGUCCACCUUAAAAUAUUCAGGAAUAUAACAGGAAGUCGCAUCGUAAACCGAGAUGAGCACAGACCCAGAAAUCCAUAACGAUGUUUCUAAAACCGAGAAUACGUAUAGACGGAUGUUGAUAUAUUCUCGGACUGUUUUGUUGUAAACUCUCUAUCGCUAGCCUACUACAGAGUUGUUAAGUUGUUAGGGCGAAAUGGCGGACGGCGGUGUCGGAGGCGCAAAUGGUGAUGUUGAUGGCCGGCCCAGUAUUGGUUGUCCGCUUAUCACGGUAUCGGAUUUACCCAGUGCCACACCCGCAGGCCGCAACCUCAAGGCCUGGCUCGAGGAACAGAUCAACGACAAGUCCCUGGACCAGGAAGAAGACUUACGGCUCCACAAUGCUGCCUAUGUUGGAGACCUGGACACCCUGAAGACCUUACUACAAGAUGACUUCUUUAAACAGCGCAUCAACGAGAAGUCGGUGUGGUGUUGCGGCAGCCUGCCCUGCACCCCGCUCCGCAUCGCGGCCACGGCCGGCCACGCGGCCUGCGUGUCCCUCCUGGUCCAGCAGGGGGCAGAGCUGGAGCUGGUGGACGUGAAGGGGCAGACGGCACUCUACAUGGCCGUGGUUAACGGUCGCCUGGAUUGCGUGCGGAUCCUUCUGGAGGCGGGGGCCGACCCCAACGGCAGCCGGCACCACCGGAGCACGCCCAUCUACCACGCCUCCAGGGUGGGCCGAGAGGACAUCGUCCAGGAGCUCAUCAGGUUCAACGCCGAUGUUGACGUAGACCACCAGCUGGGUCCUCGCCCGUUCUUCAGCGCCCGCACCCUCAACACCCUGGUGGUGUGUCCGCUCUACAUCAGCGCUGCCUACCACCACCUCCCCUGCUUCCGGCUGCUUCUCCAGGCCGGCGCCCAGCCCGACUACAACUACAGUGGGCCGGUGAGCCUGGAGGUGCUGGGCCGGGGCCUGGCCUCCUGCCUGCUGGACGCCGUCAUGAGGCACGGCUGCCAGGCGGACUUCGUGGGGCUGCUGCUGGACCACGGUGCGAACCCCGCGCUGGUGCCCUGGGAGGUGCCCGAUGCAGACGCCUCGGGCAGGGUGAAGGUGGACCCAGAGGCCCUGAGGGUCUUCCAGGAGGCCAGGAGAUGCCCCCGCAGGCUGACCUGUCUGUGUCGGAUCGGGAUCCGGGGCGUGAUGGGAAAGAAGAGACUGAAACACAUAACGUCACUCCCCCUCCCUGACCCAAUUAGAAAAUUCCUGCUUCACCAGAACAGGCAAGGUCCAGCCUCCGACAGCCCUCUCAAGGAUGACUGAUGUGGCUCUCACCCUAUCAGAGGCCCUCCAGCCAUCACCACCGGUUCUGGCUCCGCUGCGAACAUGGACUUGCGUGUUCAUUUCAGUUGUCUAAAGUAGCUUCCUGUUCUGCUUCCCUUCUUUACCUUGAUGACAGGUUUGUCGGCGUGAUGCUGUAAGGUGGACUGGAAACCACGAGGGAAGCUAGAAAAACUAAAGCAAGCAAAUAACAAGAAAAAUAACUACAAAUAAAUCAUCAUCUGUUGACCGUGUUACGGUGGAGGUAUCUACACACAUGCAUAUGUGCCAAACUGACCUGUGAAACCUGCAACAGCUAAAGAGAAAAUAUGAGCUAGAAGGGCUGUAGAGACAGUAGAAAACGCUGAGCGGUUGGUUGCUGUCCUCUCCUGUGACUGUUAGCCCGGCUUGUUGUGUCAGGAACUGUCUCCUCCACAGGGGGUCUGAGUAGCUUGAGCAGUGUUCGCAGGGCCACUUUUCUCUGCAUGUACAAGAGCUGCUUAUCGCCUUUCUCAUGAAAUGUUUAAUCUGAAUAAAGUAUGUGGUGUUUAUUUAUGA